UUAUUUACACUCGAAACAAAGAAUUUCGAGUACCGGCUACGAAUAAAACUGAGAUCUAUUUCGUAUAUGGAAUAAUGGUUGAAAUCUUGUAUUAAUCGUUAGCGAUUGCUUCGAUGUGUCUCAUAGUCAGUUCGCCGAUUACGAGUUGUUGAAAUUUUUUUAAAAGAUUUUUUACUUCGCAUUCGAAAGAUGGUAUUGAAUCCUAUUUCAUCAAUAUGCAAUUGCGUCUCAUCUUCGGUCCAAUCCGAUCAAUCAAACUUGGAAAACCCUUCUUUAUCCGAACAACAUUCCACGAAGCAAGAGUCUUUGGAACAUUACGAUCCUCACGAGUAUGGCAAACAACAACAUCCCACUCUAUUUUGGGGCUCGUUAUUCCAUUUAUUUAAAACAAUCAUCGGAACUGGUAUGUUGGCUUUACCGUUCGCUUUCAAGAACGUUGGCUAUGGCGUCGCAGUCUUCGGUAUUUUUCUAGUAGGUUUCAUUUACCUACAUGUUUUACAUCUCUUGAUGGACGUCGAAUACCAACUUUGCAAAAAGCUGAAGAGGCCUAACUUGACGUACCUCGGUAUCGUCACAAAUACCUUUGAGCAAGGACCAGGAUUUGUUCGCAAGAUCACUCCGAUUGCUAAAAGCCUGCUGUACUUUCAUUAUGUGUUUAAUAAAUCCAUAUCCAAUUCUAUAUACCUGAUCACAAUCGGUGGAAACCUGAAGAUUAUCAUAGAUCAUUAUUACAACGUCGAUUUGAACAUCGUGUUCCUCAUAACUGCUGUCACGAUAAUGUUGAUACCAAUGGCAUUAAUUCGCAGUUUGAAAUUCUUGGUACCUCUGUCGAUACUGACCAGCGUAUUCAACAUGAUCAAUAUAGUCUUGAUCCUCACCAUUCCCACUGAUUAUAACAGUUCUGCGGAUUUCAGAGCGGUCGGAGAUAUCACCAAGUUUCCUUAUUUUUUCGGCUUAGCUUUAGGGGCUUUCAAUUGCACUGCAAUAGUAAUGCCGUUGAAGAACGACAUGAAAUAUCCAAAAAAAUUUACCAGUGUUUUUGGAAUUAUAAACAUCGUUUUACCAGUAGUUGCUGUUAUUUACUGCACUUUUGGAUUAUUGGGAUACGCGAAAUAUGGUAAUAGUCUACAUGGCAGCAUUCUUUUCAAUUUACCACCAGAUCAGUUGGUUUCGUUCGUUGUUCUGAGUCUGUAUUCCUUUGCUGUUUGUAUAUCGUUUAUAUUGACUUUGUAUACUGUAUUUGAUACAUUAUGGAGUAACAUAUUCAAAGAUCAGAAAAUGAGCCAUCCAAUCACCGCCGAGUACGCGUUGAGAAUAUUUUUGUGCAUUGCGCCUUACUGUAUUGCAAUUAUUUUACCGGAUUUUAAAAUUAUGGUCAGCUUGGCUGGAGUCAUUGCCAUAUUGAUGGACGAAACUGUGCCGAUCAUUUUACACGCUUUAUCACUGAUCCAAAAGAAACCUAAAACUAUAAGCGUGUAUUUAUCCUUAAUGAAAGAUCUAACUCUUAUUUCAAUAUGUUCAUUGUUGUUUUCUGCUGCUUUAAUUGAAGUUAUUCGCAGUAUUGUCAAGUUUUAUAGCUAAAUUCAUUAAA